GCAUAUGUGACAUAACGAUUAAUUUUUGGCCAGUCAAACAGAAAACCAGAAAAAGGAGAGGCUAAAUCAAAAUUAAAAUAGACAUAGAGGACGUAAAUGAAAAAUCGUGAAAAAAUCAUUAUCCUCAUCAUUAUUAACUUUUUGGGACUUAAAUCUCUUUUACCCCCACGCCCCCACGCUCUCGGCCACUCACCCCCAGUUUUCGCUCCUCUCUUUCUCUCUCUCUCUCUCUCCUCAGCUGCUUGUUUCUCUUUCUCUCUCUUGCGUAAUCGAAGCAAAUAAAUGAAUCAGAAUUAAAUAAGCUUGUUUCGAGUCCGACACCCGUAGUCGGUUGAGAGAGAAAGGCAUUUUUUUUUUCCCAUUUCCAUAACGAAAAAAAGAAAAAGCCAAAAAAAAAAAAAAACCAAAUCCUCUCUCUCUUUUCGCUCUCAAAGCUUUCCUUUUCAGACACACACUUUACGGAAAGAGCGCCGCAAACCGCCGCUGUAGCCGUCAGAUUCCGGUGAAUCUCCGCCCACAUUUCACGUGAUGCCAGAUUCUGAUCACCAGGUCUUGAAAUGAGUGGGAUUCAGAACAAGAAAGGUCAGAAUAUUGAGAAAUUUCCAGGUUGCUUGGGUAGAAUGGUAAACCUGUUUGAUUUGAACUCAGGUGUUCCUGGAAACUGCCUGCUUACUGAUAAGCCACAUGGUUCCUCACUCUCAAGGAGUCAAUCCAAUGUGUUAAGGAUGUUGAGCCCAACCUUUGGAGAUCAGAUAGAGGAUAAAGCUAUUGUAUCUGAGUUAAGGAGAACUUUGUCAAACAAGAGAGGUAAUGGAACACCCAUGAAGAUGCUCAUAGCCCAGGAAAUGUCAAAAGAAGUGGAGUCUAAGCAGAACCCACCCAAUGUGGUUGCUAAGCUGAUGGGACUUGAUGCACUACCAAGGCAGCAGCCUAAUUUAGCUGCACAAAGAUGCCAUUCUAAAGGUUCGUCUCAGCAUUCCUUGAGACAUUCUGAUAUACCAGUGGAAGGCUGGGACCGAGAUCAAGGCUUUUCAGACAAGCAAAUGCAAUGUGAAGUAAAUCCCUGUCAAGAGCUGAACAACUACAAAGAUGUUUAUGAAAUCUGGCAACAUUCCCCAAGGACAACUUAUUCAAGAGACAGCUCUCCACAAAAUGGGAUGUAUAACAAUAAUGUGAAUGAGAAAAAAAUGGCACUAGUUCGUCAGAAGUUUAGGGAAGCAAAACAUCUGGUGACAGAUGAAAAUCUUCGCCAGACCAAGGAAUUUCAAGAUGCACUGGAAGUUUUGAGUUCCAAUGGAGAGUUACUCCUCAAGUUUUUGGAAGAGCCAAAUUCCACACUCCCUCAGCAUCUCUACAAUUUCCAGUCUUUAUCUCUACCUCCUGAGACAAAGCGUAUCACUGUUCUUAGACCUUCUAAGAUGGUUGACAAAGAAAAAUUUGCUGGAAUAGGGAAGAAGGGUGAUAAGCAGACAAAGAAAGCAGCACAGAUUGGUCAAGUAACUUGGCGGGAUAGAAAAAACACUGCAUGUUCUCCUGCUUCCCCCAGUCUGAAAGUUGAUGAAUAUCUUUCCCAACCAACUAGAAUAGUGGUAUUGAAGCCCAGCCUUGGGAAGACUCAGGACAUUAAGAUGGUUGCAUCUCCAUCUCCCUCAUCACCUAGGAUAUUACAUGGUGAAAAUUUUUAUGAGGAACCUGAAGAUGAUGGUGCUCAAGAAUCAAGAGAAGCGGCAAAGGAAAUCACUAGGCAGAUGCGUGAAAAUCUGAUGCACAUGAGGGAUGAAGCAUUACUUUCUCCUGUGUUCUCCAAUGGUUACAUUGGUGAUGAUAGUUCAUUUAAUAGAUCUGAAAAUGAGUAUGUGUUGGAAAACCUCAGUGAUUCAGAAGUCAUGUCACCAACUUCUAGACAUUCAUGGGAUUUCAGCAAUAGGCUUGGAAGCCCUUAUUCUUCCUCUUCCUUCAGUCGUGCAUCAUGUUCUCCUGAGUCCUCAGUUUGCAGGGAAGCAAGGAAGCGGCUUUCGGAAAGAUGGGCCAUGAUGACAUCAAAUGGGAGUUCUCAAGAACAAAGACAUGUUAGGAGAAGCUCAAGCACAUUGGGUGAGAUGCUUGCUCUUUCUGAUACAAAGAAGUUGUUGAGAUCUGAAGAAGAGGGAAGUAAUAAGGAACACGAACCUAGGGGAUCAACUUCCUGCAUAGCUAGUAAUUUGAAUGAAGAAGAAAUUACAAGUGAUUCUCCCAAGAAUCUUCUCAGGUCAAAAUCUGUCCCUGUGUCUUCCACUGUGUAUGGUUCAAGGCUUAAUUUUGAAGUUUCAUAUUCUGAAGCUUGCAAAGAACAAAUUCCCAAGGAACUGACAAAGGCAAAGAGCAUGAAAUCAUCCUUAAAGGGGAAAGUUUCAAGUUUAUUUUUCUCAAAGAAUAAGAAAACAAAUAAAGAAAAAUAUAGUGGAUCUCAAUCUACAGAUGAAUCUCCAUCUGCAACUCCUGGAACGGGGUCACCCAUCAUUCAUACUCAAAAGAUUAGCAAUGAUGCAUCUCACUGUGAUAAUGAAAUUGGCAUCCAAGAGUGUUUGUCCCCUGUGCCAUAUGGAUCAGCAAGUAAAACUCCUUCACCAGAUUUGACUGGCAGGGGACAGAAACAAGGCAUGAUUUCUGUGGAGGGAGGGUUGUCUGUAGCAAAACCUUCAAUGCCUUUCCGUAUAAGUGAGAAUCAGGACCAGCCAAGCCCUAUCUCUGUUUUAGAACCUCCAUUUGAGGAGGAUGAGAAAUCAAUUCUAGAGUAUUCUGGCAGUAUCAAACCAGUGCACCGAGGACUGAAGGUGCCACCUAAGUCUAACUUGAUUGAUAAGUCACCACCUAUAGAAUCAAUUGCUCGCAUCGUCUCAUGGGAUGAUUCUUGUUCAGGGACAGCCACAUUAUAUCCAUCAAAACUCUCUUUGGUUUCUCCAGGUGCCAAGGAAGAACAGGAUUGGAUUUUCUCUGUCCAAUCAUUAUUAUCAGCCGCUGGUGUCAAUGGCGAGGUGCAGUAUGAGUCCUUUAUUGCCAGAUGGCAUUCGCCUGAAAGCCCAUUGGAUCCAUCCUUGAGAGACAAAUAUGCCAACUUGAAUGACAAGGAGCCUCUGCAUGAGGCUAAGCGACGACAAUGGAGAUCAAACAAGAUGCUUGUGUUCGACUGUGUCAAUGCAGCAUUACUGGAAAUCACAGGUUAUGGGUCAGAUAGUUGCAUGAGAGCAAUGUCAUUUGGCAGGGGCCAGCAGGUGGUCAUGGAGGGUGCAUCGAUCAUCCUGGUUGACCAUGUGUGGGCCCAAAUGAAGGAAUGGUUUUCCAGUGAGGUGAAGUGUUCCGUGGGUGAUGAUGGGGACAGCAACAGCCUGGAUGUGGAAAGGGUGGUGCAGAAAGAAGUGGUGGGUAAAGAAUGGGUUGAUCAUAUGAAGUUGGAAAUAGAUAACUUAGGAAGAGAGAUAGAAGGGAAGUUGCUACAUGAGCUUGUGGAAGAGGCAGUGGUCGAUUUGACCGGUAGGGUGUUUUGAGGUUUUUUUUGGGUUCUCCUCUUUUUCUAUUGAUCGUAACUUUAUUGCUUGUGAAAUUGUGCAUUUGAUGCUGCACGAAUGUUUAUAUAUUAAUGUGAUAAGUUGUUUAAAAAUUUUCAUUUUGUGAUGAGAUGUGUAUACAUAUAGUAAAUAUUUCCACCAUCCAUCCGGCAUUGUAUAAUUGACCAUAAUUCUUCUUUCAGGUCCCUCACCCGUGCAGGCUGCAUGUAUAUGUGUUUUCCAUCUUAUUUUUUAACUUUAGUUGCGUGGACGAGAAAACUACUCUGUUGAUGUCAAUUGAACAAUUACUAUUUUUUUUUUUUGGUCUCAUCGAGGGAAAGGCAGCCUGUUUGUUUGGUUUGUUUGUACCUGCGAAAGGUAGAAAGUUGACCGACAGUGACACAACUACUGAUGCUGAGUCAGAGAAGAAGAGUAACCUACGGAAAUGGCGAUUUAUUAUUGGGGUAUCCUUUGUGAUAUUUUAAUAUUAUUUAACAAUACAUCCUCUAAUUUUACAAAGAAAAUACUAUGACGUCGGCUUCAGGUUGUCUGUAUUGUUGAAGUAGUAAA